AGGGGUUGGGGUCCUUCCUGGCCGAGCGGCGCUGCGAGCGGGAGGGCGGCAGAUCGGGAAUUCCAUCAUGGAUACAGACCUGUACGAUGAAUUUGGCAAUUACAUUGGGCCAGAGUUGGACUCUGAUGAGGAAGAUGGUAUAGAUCGAGAUGAUGAUGUGGAUGAGGCCGAUGAAGACGAUGAUGAUGAAGGUGGUGAUCAGGAUGAUGAUCAAGUUGGAAUGGAAGUUGUGCUUCAUGAGGAUAAAAAAUAUUACCCUUCAGCAGAGGAGGUCUAUGGGCCUGAGGUGGAAACAAUAGUCCAAGAGGAAGACACACAACCACUGACAGAACCCAUCAUCAAACCUGUCAAGAAAAAGAAAUUUACUUUGAUGGAGCAGGAAUUACCAGACACAGUGUAUGAUAUGGAAUUUUUGGCAGAUUUAAUGGAUAAUUCGGAGCUUAUUCGGAACAUUACUCUGUGUGGACAUUUACACCAUGGCAAGACAAAUUUUGUUGAUUGCUUAAUUGAACAAACGCAUCCAGAGAUUCGGAAAAAAGAUGACCGUGAUCUUCGUUAUACUGAUAUCCUCUUCACAGAACAGGAGCGAGGAGUAGGUAUAAAGAGCACACCAGUCACGAUGGUGCUUCCAGACUCCAAAGGCAAAUCCUAUCUCUUUAACAUCAUGGAUACACCAGGACACGUAAACUUUUCUGAUGAAGUGACAGCAGGUUUUCGCAUCUCUGAUGGCAUGGUGUUAUUCAUUGAUGCCGCAGAGGGGGUGAUGCUGAACACUGAGAGGCUGAUUAAACAUGCUGUUCAGGAGAAACUAGCUGUCACAGUCUGCAUCAAUAAAAUAGAUAGGCUCAUUCUGGAGCUGAAACUACCUCCAACAGACGCAUAUUACAAACUCCGUCACAUCGUGGAUGAAGUCAAUGGGUUACUGAGUGUCUAUUCAACGGACGAAAACUUGAUUGUGUCUCCUCUAUUGGGCAAUGUCUGCUUUGCUAGCUCUCAAUACAGCAUCUGCUUCACUCUGGGAUCAUUUGCCAAGAUCUAUGCAGACACAUAUGGGGACAUUAACUAUAUGGAGUUUGCAAAGCGACUAUGGGGUGACAUUUACUUCAACCCAAAAACACGGAAGUUUACAAAGAAGGCACCGACCAGCAACUCGCAGAGAAGUUUUGUGGAGUUUGUCCUGGAACCUGUUUAUAAGAUCCUUUCUCAGGUGGUGGGUGAUGUAGACACUACUCUGCCACGCACAUUGGAUGAGCUGGGAAUCCACUUAACUAAGGAAGAAUUAAAGCUCAACAUCAGACCUUUGCUGCGACUGGUUUGCAAGAAAUUUUUUGGAGACUUCACAGGUCUGGUGGACAUGUGUGUGCAGCAUAUUCCCUCCCCACAUAAUGGUGGCAAGAGUAAGAUUGAGCACACUUACACGGGCAGCCUGGAUGUAGAUCUUGGAGAGGCAAUGCUGGAAUGCGAUCCUGACGGUCCUUUGAUGUGUCACACCACAAAGAUGUAUAGUACUGAGGAUGGAGUACAGUUCCACGCAUUUGGAAGGGUCCUCAGUGGAACUAUUCAUGCUGGGCAGCCAGUGAAAGUACUUGGCGAGAACUAUACCCUGGAGGAUGAGGAGGAUUCUCAGAUCUGUACAGUGGGCAGGCUGUGGAUUUCAGUUGCAAGGUAUCAUAUAGAAGUUAACAGGGUUCCUGCUGGUAAUUGGGUGCUCAUCGAAGGAGUAGAUCAACCUAUAGUAAAGACAGCCACUAUCACAGAACCAAGAGGCAAUGAUGAGGCUCAAAUCUUCAGGCCUUUAAAGUUCAAUACAGCGUCCGUCAUUAAAAUAGCUGUGGAGCCUGUCAAUCCAUCUGAGCUUCCAAAAAUGUUGGAUGGUUUACGAAAGGUCAACAAAAGCUACCCUUCACUAACUACUAAGGUAGAAGAGUCUGGUGAGCACGUGAUUCUAGGAACAGGAGAACUCUAUCUGGACUGUGUGAUGCAUGACCUUCGGAAGAUGUAUUCAGAAAUAGAUAUCAAGGUGGCAGACCCGGUUGUAACCUUCUGUGAAACUGUUGUGGAAACCUCAUCUCUGAAAUGUUUUGCAGAGACGCCCAACAAAAAGAAUAAAAUCACUAUGAUUGCAGAACCUUUGGAAAAAGGUUUGGCAGAAGACAUUGAGAACGAAGUGGUCCAAAUCACCUGGAACAGGAAGAAACUGGGUGAAUUCUUCCAGACCAAGUACGAUUGGGAUUUGUUGGCCGCUCGUUCCAUUUGGGCUUUCGGACCAGAUGCUACCGGCCCCAACAUUUUGGUCGAUGAUACUUUGCCGUCAGAGGUGGACAAAGCUCUCCUGGGUUCAGUGAAGGACAGCAUUGUACAGGGAUUCCAGUGGGGGACACGAGAAGGUCCACUUUGCGACGAACCGAUUCGGAAUGUGAAGUUCAAGAUUCUUGAUGCAGUCAUAGCUCAAGAACCAUUGCACAGAGGUGGAGGGCAGAUUAUUCCCACAGCCCGAAGAGUUGUGUAUUCAGCUUUCCUGAUGGCCACCCCUCGUCUGAUGGAACCUUAUUACUUUGUGGAGGUGCAGGCACCUGCAGACUGUGUUUCAGCAGUCUAUACAGUCUUGGCUAGACGGAGAGGCCACGUUACACAGGAUGCCCCAAUUCCCGGUUCCCCUCUCUAUACAAUCAAAGCGUUUGUACCAGCCAUUGACUCCUUUGGUUUUGAGACGGAUCUGAGGACACACACACAGGGACAGGCUUUUUCCCUGUCAGUCUUCCACCAUUGGCAGAUUGUACCUGGCGAUCCUUUAGACAAGAGCAUUGUCAUCAGACCUCUAGAGCCACAGCCAGCACCUCACCUGGCGAGGGAGUUCAUGAUUAAAACGAGGAGGCGAAAGGGCCUUAGUGAAGAUGUCAGUAUCAGCAAAUUUUUCGAUGAUCCUAUGUUGCUGGAACUCGCAAAGCAGGAUGUGGUUCUCAAUUACCCGCUGUGAAUGGAACGAAGAUGGUAGGAACAUUUUGGAAGCAACAAAGUGUUUCAUCUCCCAUUUGUACCGGAUUUUUCAAAGGAUGUUUGUAAGUGAUAUUGUUCACAAAUUGAGAAAACUGCAGUGAAACUGUACAAAAUUGGGAAUAGGGCCAGAGAUUGAGCUCAUUAACACUUACUUUGUUAUUGUCGAUGUUUUUAACAGAAUGUGCACAGAAAAUAAAUAAUGCUCUUUCUUAUUAA